CGAAUGAACAAUCAUGAAAUGCGCCCUCACGCGUUCACUGUUUACACAACACAAGAAAAACGAUGGCUGCCGUUUGGCAGCAAGUUCUGGCUGUUGAUGCCAGAUACAAUGCAUACAGGUCUCCCAAUAAUCCACAAUUUCGUACACUCUACAUCAGAAGACGAAGUCAGCUGCUCAGAGAAAAUGCUAAAGUAGAGCAUGAUCCUCUUGUUCGGAGACAAUAUUUGAAAGUACGAAGUCAGUUAUUAUCACAGAGAUAUGGUACACCUUCUGUGUCUGAUCAAAACAGUUUCCGAAGUCGCAAUGCAAGUGUACGAGGGAGUAGACAGACAUUAGAGAGUUUUGAUGACCUGCAGACUGGUGACUUCAGAACGCACAGAAGAUAUCAUAGUGGUAGUUCCUAUAAGUACCAUCCAUCAGUGGAAGAAAUCCCAGUUGAUGGUGUUGUACCAACAAAGAUGGCAGAGGCUAGCAGGGCUAUGGCAGGAGGUACAAGUAUUGACGAGAAUUAUGCCUUUGCUGGAGUACAUCAUAUUUUUGAUCAACACACAGAUGCAGUGACCUGUGUAAAGUUUGCAAAUAAUGACAAAUCACGAAUUGCAUGUAGUUCUCUGGAUUGUACAGUGUCAGUGUGCCAAGUAUUGCCAUCUCCUGCUACUAUAGUAUGUGUACUCAGAGGACAUGAAAGAGGGGUUACAGAUUUUUGUUGGUCUUUAUCCAAUGAUUUGAUUUUGUCAUCAUCAUUAGACGGUACCACUAGAUUGUGGCAAGUUAGCAGUGGUAAAUGUGUACGUGUAUUGGAAGAUACUGAUAGAGCGGAAAUACUAUCAUGUCAAUUUCAACCUGUCAAUAAUAACAUGGUUGUUACAGGUAAUGUUAGAGGUCACAUACAAGUACUGAAUGUCUCUACUGGUAAAUGUACCAAAGGUGGAUUAGGCAAGGCAUCAGGCAAGGUCUUAUCAAUGGCCUUUGAUCCAACGGGGAAGAUUUUAUGGGCUGGUGAUGAUAGAGGAUUGAUAUUUUCAUUCCUCUGUGAUGUGAUGAGUGGGAAACUGACAAGAUGUAAACGUAUGGUGAUAUGUGAAGGAAGUCCUAUUACUAGUCUUUCAUGUGGUACAUGGUUGAGUAGGGAAGCCAGAGACCCAUCGCUGCUGGCAAAUUGUGCCAUCAAUUCACUCUGUCUAUUUAGAAUUACAGAUACUGAUGGUGGGUUACAGCUUAAAAGGAAAUUUGGUAUAAAGCAUCGCAGUUUACAAAUAAAAAGUAUAUUCUGUCCUUUGAUAUCAUUUCGCCAAGGUGCUUGUAUAGUGUCUGGUAGUGAAGACAUGUGCGUGCAUUUCUUUGAUGUGGAACGUGCUAAGAAGCCACUCAUCAAUAAACUACAAGGUCAUUCUGCAUCGGUACUUAGCGUUAGUUUUAAUUAUGAUGAAAGUCUGUUAGCGUCAUCUGACUCUGAUGGUCUUGUUAUUAUCUGGAAAAGGGAGCAGAAAUCAAGAUAAUAAGAACUCAAAUAUUGUGAUUUUUCAGUAUUUCAAAUGUAUGUAACAGGAACUUUUCUACUCAUUGUUCAUCACAUCAUGCAAAAAGACACCAAACAACAAACUUUGUAAAUGUGAUUCGUGCUAUACAUCAUAUAUAUGGUUGAUUAUUAUUCUUUCAAGUGUCAAUCUCAGAAGUUUGAAAAUGUGGGGAUCCAAGGACCAAUUGAAAGAAGAAUCAUUGAAUUCAGGAAGACUCGUAUUCCCCCACAUUGCACCUACUAUAUACUGACAAAAAAUACAGCAUUGUUAUCUUCGUUAGAGAGGGAUGUAUAUAGACAAUAGAGACAAUAUACUAUCAUUUUCUAUAUUUAUGUACAUUAUAUAUUCAGCAUCUUGAGUAAAUUUAAUCAUUGAUAGUCACAGUCUUGUAAAUAUUUCUGUUGUAAAUUAUGUGACAUUGCACCUUUUUCUCACCAUUUUGUUUUUAUCAAUGUAAGGUGCAAUAAAUGCA